AGUUUAAGAGAAGGGAGUCUGCUUUGCAAAUGCAAUCAGGUUUGAAUUUGUUUAACAAUGUGUUGAAAACUGUGUGCCUGCAUGCAACCUGACCACAUCUGCUCUUGUGUUUGUAGGCUUCAGCCGCUCCAUAUAUAUUCCUUGUGCCUUUUAAUUGGUUUCUACUCUGUCACUCCUUGGGGGACAUUUUGGGAGAUCUCGAAACUCGAGGUUGAUAACUGUAGAAGAACGUGGUGGGCCAACCUACUGCUGAUCAACAACUUUAUCGCUGGGCAAGAGUCAUGUAACGGAUGGACGUGGUACCUUGCAAAUGAUUUCCAGUUUUACUUCACAACUCCUCUGCUGGUCUAUAUUUCCAUGAGGAGCAAGCAAGGAAUUAUAAUUCUGGGGACUUUGCUGUUCCUGACAACUUUUACAGUGACAGCCCUGCUGUCAUCGUUCUACAGGCUUCCUGUUGCAAAUCCUCGUGAUAUGAGGAAAACGGCCACCGUGAUGUAUUUCGCAGAGUAUUACUCAAAACCUUACUGCCGAUACGGUCCAUUUCUAGUUGGCAUUCUUCUUGGGUUGUACAUGAACCAGCAGCAAACCCCAGUCCUAAGAAGCAAGGUGCAGGCUUCCAUUGGAUGGCUUUCUGCAACAUUUUCCAUGUUUAUGGUAGUUGCUUUGGCCUAUGCGUUACAAGACCCCCUACACUACUCACCUGCCACAGCCAUUUACCAAGCUACUCACCGGACAGUGUGGGCUAUCGCUGUGGGAUGGAUAAUUUUUGCGUGCGAGGAAGGCUAUGGAGGUUUCAUCAAUUGGAUGCUUUCAUGGGGCUUCUGGUCGCUGGUUGCCAAAAUCAGCUAUGCCUGCUACUUGGUCCACCCAAUGUUGAUUUUGUUGUAUAAUGGACUUCAAGAAACGCCCAUGCACUACUCGGACAUGAAUAUGUUCUAUCUGUUCCUUGGACACUGCCUGAUGACAUUCAUGGUUGGGCUGGCAUUGACGGUGAUGGUUGAGAUGCCUCUGCAAGCGUUAAGGCGGGCUGUGCAACGACAAGUGGUUCAGCUGUGAAGGAGGAAGCAGGAAAGGUGUGAUGUCUUUAACCCCCCCCCACCAUACCCAUUCCCUUUGAAGGAGAGGCUCUUCUGCUGUGCUCCAGAAGAACUGUAUAGUGAUGAAGAUCUGAACUUUUGCACGAUGAAGAUCUGAACCAGGCUCUUCAGCAGUGAUGUGGCUAGGGAAUUUCAGAAAAUCUGGAAUAAAUGGUCUUGCCAGGCCUCCCCUUUAAUGACCAAUUGUGAAGCACACAGCUAACACCCCUCUUCUCUUCAUUGUUGUUGUUCCAUGUUUUGCAACUACUUCUACAUUCCUGCUAUGUUACAGUGAACAAAUGGUUUACCAACCCUAGUUAAAAGAAAAGAAAUACUCUGAGCCCAUGCAGUUCCGCAUUUUAAAUUCACUGAAAUCAGUUGUUCCUAAACAUUUUCGGGCCUCCGCCCCCUUGGCUCCAUAAACUCACCCCCAGUGCCCCCUGACCUAUAAAAUGCAUUACAGUGGUACCU